GGACACUGCUGCGAAGCAGUUUCUCUCUUCCCGCUGUCCUCGGCUGCACACCGAGGCAAACCGACAAUUUAACCGCUAGAACGAGCAGUCGGGGAAAUAAAUAGGAGUGACGGUGAAAGAGAGAGAGAGAGAGAGGAGAGAGAGAGAGAGACAGAGAGAGAGAGAGAGAGAGAGAGAGACAGAGAGACAGAGAGACAGAGAGACAGAGAGACAGAGAGAGAGAUGAAGCAAGACCGAGAGAGAGAGAAGCAGAUAGGGGGCGUUUAUUAGAGUGAGAUAACGGAGAAAGAUAAUCCUACCCCUGUCCAGCACUCUAAAAUGUGCUAGAAGGAGAGCGAUCCUCAGUGUAGCUAACCGCUUCCCACAGCAGAGGCGGUGGAGCGAAAGCCUUGCGUCGUAGUAGUGGGAUUAUUCCCUUUUUCUCGCAAUGGAAACUGAAUGAAAAACGUUGGACAGUUGUUUUAAACUCCAGUGCUUUCGCUUACAAUUCUUGCCAAAUCGCAUCCUGCUAUGUUAUUCUCCUUUUAUUUCCACUUCAUAUGUGGAUUCGGAGGGACAUUCUAAAAGAGAACCAACCUACGGUUCAACAGCUGCUCUACAAGUAGUUAGCCCCAGGAAAAGCUCUUAUCUUUGUGGAUGUAGAAAUGUGCAUGGUCUUCCCCCACCCCUGCCUCUCUCCAGAUGGUGAGUGAGCUGAAGCCAAGCUGGUUGUGAAGGUGCUGGUGGACGUGUCCCUGUCCUCGCCCCAAGCCAGACUCACCAUGGCGUCGGGAGUAGCGGCGUGGCUGCCCUUCGCCCGCGCUGCUGCUAUUGGCUGGAUGCCCGUGGCCAACAUGCCAAUGCCCAUCGCCCCCACCGAGAAGAACAAACGCGCAGACGAGCUCAUCGUCCUCAAUGUUAGUGGACGUCGCUUUGAGACCUGGAGGAAUACGCUAGAUAGAUAUCCUGACACCUUACUGGGCAGUUCAGAGAAAGAGUUUUUCUACAAUGAGGAGACCAAAGAGUACUUUUUUGACCGAGACGCGGACGUUUUCCGUGCUGUUCUCAACUUCUAUCGCACGGGCAAGCUGCAUUACCCCCGCUCCGAGUGCAUCACGUCCUACGACGAAGAGCUGUCCUUCUUUGGGAUCAUUCCUGAGAUCAUCGGAGACUGCUGCUACGAAGAGUACAAGGACCGUAGGCGUGAGAACCAAGAGAGACUGAUGGACGAUGACGAGGACAAGAAAGAUGCCAAGCUUCCCAAUAUGACGUUCAGAGAGACCAUGUGGAGGGCCUUCGAGAACCCUCACACUUCCACCAUGGCCCUGGUGUUCUACUACGUCACCGGCUUCUUCAUCGCCAUCUCAGUCCUCACCAACGUGGUGGAGACCGUGCCUUGCGGUGCCACCCCUAACACCAAAGAGGUGACGUGCGGCGAUCGCUACACAGUAGCCUUCUUCUGCAUGGACACGGCCUGCGUCCUCAUCUUCACAGUAGAGUACCUCAUGAGACUGUUUGCUGCGCCAAGCCGCUACCGCUUCAUGCGCAGCGUGAUGAGCAUCAUCGACGUGGUAGCCAUCUUGCCCUACUACAUUGGCUUGGUGAUGACAGACAACGAGGAUGUGAGCGGGGCCUUCGUGACGCUCCGGGUCUUCCGGGUCUUCCGUAUCUUCAAGUUCUCCCGCCACUCUCAAGGGCUGCGCAUCCUGGGGUACACGCUGAAGAGCUGCGCCUCAGAGCUGGGCUUCCUCCUCUUCUCCCUCACCAUGGCCAUUAUCAUCUUCGCUACCGUUAUGUUCUACGCCGAGAAAGGUUCCACGUCCAGCAAGUUCACCAGCAUCCCAGCCUCAUUCUGGUACACCAUCGUUACUAUGACGACACUUGGAUAUGGAGACAUGGUUCCUAAGACGAUUGCGGGGAAGAUCUUUGGAUCUAUCUGUUCUCUAAGCGGGGUGUUGGUCAUUGCCCUGCCUGUCCCAGUCAUCGUGUCCAACUUCAGCCGCAUCUACCACCAAAACCAGAGAGCUGACAAAAGACGGGCGCAGAAGAUGCAGAAAGCACGUCUGGCCAGGAUACGAAUAUCCAAGACGGGAAGCUCUAAUGCCUUCCUCCACAGCAAACGGAAUGGCCUCUUCAGCGAAGCCUUAGAGCUCACGCAACUUCCUUACAAGAUGAACCUUUCAGACCAGAGUUCCAUUGAGGAGGAGCAGCAGCUGAGCAAGAACCAGUCUCUAUUAGAGAGCCAACACCACCACCUGCUGCAUUGUCUGGAGAAAACCACAAAUCAUGAGUUUGCAGAUGAGCUGUGUUAUGAGCAGAGCUACCUGGAGGGGGCACUCCAGAGCUACCCGUCUCAAAGCCCCUCCCUCUCCAGCCAAGAAGGCAUGACGGGCACCUGCUGUACCCGCCACACCAAGAGGAACCACACCCCUUUACCCAACUCCAGUAUUCCCACGUGCGCCCUCUCACACACACACCCUCAUCAUAACCUACAGGAGCUCAGCACUAUCCACAUCCAGCCCCUCAACACCAGUCGCUCCAGUCUGAACAUGCGUGUGGACGAACCCGCGCGCCUCAACUGCCAGAGCGGCACGAUCACCACUGCGAUCAUCAGCAUUCCGACGCCCCCAGCGACCACUCCUGAGAGCGACGCCCACCCUCCACCCUCAGGCCCCGCCCUUCAGAACGUUGUGAAGGUGUCUGCGCUGUGAGUGUAGAAGCGCAGCAGGAUGCGCGGACAGACAGACAGAUAGGAUGGAUAGACAGACUUAUGCAGAUAGACAGAAGGACAGUGCGAAGGAUACGACAGACGAGCAGGCGAAUGCUCUGAAGGCCGAGUCCCAGACUGAAGACAUGGAGAAGGACUGCCCUCUAGUGGAGAUCUACUGUAAUGACAUGGACUUCCUGUAGAAAUGGAGGAUGGAUUUUUAGUCUACUGUAGGUGUCUGGGCGCUUCUGUAUGUUUGAGUGGGCGUUUUUUGUGUGUUUGAGGGGUAUACGUGUGUGUGUGAGAGAAUGUGUGUUGGAGAAAAUAAAAAAGGUUUGAGUUUGAGUGUAUGAAUGAGUGUAUGAAAGAGAAAGAGAAGCACUUGAUGGGUCGCUGGAGAGAUGUAGAGCAGUAAAGUCAUAUGUCACUGUGCACGCAGCACCUUUUUAUGGUUAGUGCUAUCCGGGAUCAUUGGGACAUCCCUACACUAUACCUUAACCCUUACCUAACCCUAACCUUAACCCUUACCUUAACAAUAACCUUUACCUAACCUUAACAAUAACACUUACUUAACCCUAACCUUAACAAUAACCCUUACCUCACCCUAACCUUAUCCAUUUUAAAUUUCAACUUCAAUGGGGGUAUGGAUGUCCCAAUGAUCCCGGAUAGCAAGGACGACCUUUUUAUGGUUUGGAACCUGAGUUUGACAUUUGACCUGUCUGGUCUUUACAUCGUUACAGCAGGAAACAGUGACCAUAUCAAAGAAAAGAACGCAGACAUAUUGAAAUCAUUAACGUUUUCCUCUGGUUUGUUUAGUUAUUUAUGGUUUGAUUCAGUUUGAUCCACUUAUUCGUCGUCAUAGAUACAUGUCACUCACCAUCCCAAAUCUUUUUUUUUCUUCUUUUUCUUCUCCCCAGGUAUAAUUUAAUUUCACAGUGAAAAUUCUUAACAGAUCAAACUAUGGUAGGUGUCUGUGUCAGAGAUACUAGUGGGUUUCUUAUAUUUGUGAACGUGUAUGUGUGUAUGCCUGUAUGAGUGUGUGUGAGUUUCAGGAGCUCUCUGUAAUUUAGCUCUUUCUGUAAGUGUCCGUGGCUCUGUAUACGUGUGACUAGCUGCCACUCAUGGAAAGCUGCUGUACAUAUUUCUGUCUAAAAUUCUCAGCUGGAAGCCUUUUACACAAUAUGUGCCUGUUUCGUUUGAGUAAAUUCUUGAUUUUAUUUCUCUUUUUUUGUUGGUCGGUUUCCCUCCCUUUGCUUUCCUCUGGGGUCUAGUUGUAGACAUUCAACAGACCUUUUAUGUAAACUUGCUUCAUUAUCCAACACCAAGACCAAAAAGGUUGUAUUUAAACUUAAACCACAUCUAACUAAAAGCACAAGGUGUUUGCUGAGAAUUUCUGACAGAGAUCUGUCCAGAGCCUGGGUUAUAUUGUGAAUAUUGUUAAUAGAAUAUUUUGUAAUAUUUUCCCAUUGUUUGGCAGAGCCAGUGAAGCUGUCCUCUCUCACUCUCUUUCUCUCUCGUUGUCGUCCUGUGUAUCUCUUUCUCUCUCGUUGUCGUCCUGUUGUAUCCUUCCCUCCGUUCUGUGUGAAGAACAAUAUGCUUUUGGUAGUUGUUUUUAGUCGUCAAUGUUUUCUCCCCAAACUCAGCUGGCAUUUUUCAAAGUUGUUGGGUGUCUGUAAUCUUCUAUGUGGAUAGAAACUUGGUGUUUGUACUUUUUCUGUGGCCUUCCAUGUUUUUCCCCUGGGACAUUCUAGGUCUUAAAUGAUUUAUUUUUUUCCUGGAGAACUUGAACCUGGGACAUCUGUUGUCAUGGUGACCACAGAGACAUAGAGGACAGGAUGACACCCACCCAUGGACCUAAACCAACCUUAACAUCUAACACUAGCCAUUUAUCUCCUGGGUUAUAGGGUCUGAAAUGUCUCUUUACCAGAGACUAGAGUUGGGCUCAGUUAAUUUCAGUAUAUUCAGACUGAAUUCAGACCCCAACCCUUCCAGAGAAACAGGCACACAAAGGGGCAAUGCAGAGUAGAUCCAUGGCAUCUAUCUACGACAUGACACAGGACCUGUGAACCAACCAAACCAAAAGGGUUCAACUAUGUUGGAUCAGGAAGUUAAUGGUAUUGUUUAUUUAGUGGACGACCUGCAUUUGUAAGCACAGGUAUUGUUACUUUAGAACUUGAUGAUGUAUUCCGUGACCAUAGCUCCCAGGAUCUAGUAUAGACCCAGUCGUUAUGGGAUAGAACGUUGCGAUCUCCCCCUCCUCUAGGGAAAACAAGUAUUCAGAACCCUUGACUUUUUUUAAAUGUUGUUACAGCCUUAUUCUGAAAUUGAUUAAAUAAAAAAUGUCCUCAUCAAUCUACACACAAUACCCCAUAAUGACAUCACAAUACCCCAUAACGACAUCACAAUACCCCAUAACGACAUCACAAUACACCAUAACGACAAAGCGAAACCAGGUUUUUCAACAUUUUUACAAAUGUAUUCAAAAUAAAAAACAGAAAUUCCUUUGCAUAAGUAUUCAAGACCCUUUGCUAUGAAUCUUGAAAUUGAGCUCAUGUGCAUCCGUUUUCCAUUGAUCAUCCUUGAGAAGUUUCUACACCUUGAUUAGAGUCCACUUGUGGUAAAUUCAAUUGAUUGGACAUGAUUUGGAAAGGCCCACAUCUGUCUAUAUAAGGUCCCACAGUUGACAGUGCAUGUCAGAGCAAAAACCCAAGCCAUGAGGUGGAAGGAAUUGUCUGUAGAGCUUCGAGACAGGAUUGUGUCGAGGCACAGAUCUGGGGUAGGGUACCAAAAAAUGUCUGCAGCAUUGAAGAUCCCCAAGAACACAGAGGCCAUCAUUCAUAAAUAUAAUAAGUUUGGAACCACCAAGACUCUUCCUAGAGCUGGCCACCCGGCAAAACUGAGCUAUCGGGGGAGAAGGGAGGUGAACAAGAACCCAAUGGUCACUCUGACAGAGUAAAUAGUAAAUAGUCCUCUGUGGAGAUGGGAAAACCUUCCAGAAGGACAACCAUCUCUGCAGCACUCAACCAAUCAGGCCUUUAUGGUAGAGUGGCCAGACGGAAGCCACUCCUCAGUAAAAGGCACUUCAGCCUGCUUGGAGUUUGCCAAAAGCACCUAAAGGACUCUCAGACCAUGAGAAACAAGAUUAUAUGGUCUGAUGAAACCAAGAUUGAAAUCUUUGGCCUGAAUGCCAAGCGUCACGUCUGGAGGAAACCUGGCACCAUUCCUACAAUGAAGCAUGGUGGUGGCAGCAUCAUGCUGUGGGGAUGUUUUUCAGCAGCAGGGACUGGGAGACUAGUCAGGAUCAAGGGAAAGAUAAAUGGAGCAAAGUACAGAGAGAUCCUUGAUGAAAGUGCUCUGGAGCAGGUUGAGGACCUCAGACUGGGGCAAAGAUUCACCUUCCAACAGGUUAGCAACGUAAGCACACAGCAAAGACAACGCAGGAGUGGCUUCGGGACAACUCUCUGAAUGUCCUUGAGUGGCCCACCCAGAGCCCAGACUUGAACUCAAUCGAACAUCUCUGGAGAGACCUGAAAAUAGCUGUGCAGCAACGCUCCCCAUCCAACCUGACAGAGCUUGAGAGGAUCUGUAGAAAAUAAUGGGAGAAACUCCUCAAAUACAGGUGUGCUAAGCUUGUAGCAUCAUACCAAAGAAGACUGAGGCUGUAAUCUCUGCCAAAGGUGCUUCAACAAAGUACUGAGUAAAGGGUCUGAAUACCUAUGUAAAUGUGGUAUUAAAGUUUUUUAUAUUUUAUAAAUUUGCACAAAAAAAAAAAAAACGUGUUUUUGGUUUGUCAUUAUGGGGUAGUGUGUGUUUUCGGUGGGGGGGGGGGGACUAUUUAAUACAUUUUAGAAUAAGACUGUAAUGUAACAAAAUGUGGAAAAAGUCAAGGGGUCUGAAUACUUUCCGAAUGCACUGUAAGUUACUCCAUUGGCUCACAACAAAAAACUUGACCUUUUUCAAACGCAAUUUUCUUGUUGUCUGCUUGUUUUAGUCCAUUACAAAACUACAUUUACAAGAAGUACAACAUGUCUAAAGAUUACUUUUCAACAUUGCCUGCUCCCUGGCGUUCUCACUACUUAGAAAAACAUCAUAUUGUAGGGCUUCCCUCAUGCUCCUUUUCAUGACGAUGCUAGCAGCCACUUGAGUGAGUGAGUGCUAGCUAUCUACCGAUCGGAACAUUAAACUAGCCAAGACCAACAACACAAACAAACAGACUAUACAGCUACAAGCAGUUAGUGGAGUUACAAACGAAUGGUACUAAACAAGUUAAAUGUCUUACCUGUGAUUAAAUGUUUUCCAUACACAUAGAUACGUGUAGCCUACUUGAACACCGCGUCCCCAACCUUCCCACACCGAAUAGCCUGAAGCCACAGGGCUCUUCUCGCAGGCUCUAUUUCCUUAUGUGGGAGCAUUGCAAACCGUAGGUUGGGAUUUUUGACCUGGCUACAUGUACAUUGAACAAUACAGCAGCUUUUCAGCAUGUUUUGUUAUUUCUGUAUAUCAAAAAUUCAACAACGAGGUUGCCCCAUUUUACAAUGGGGGUCAAUAGGAAAUAAUGUUUGUUUUCCCCAAUUUGUGGGCCUGGUCGAGGGGAACUCCGACUAGGACUAUUAGUGUACGCGUAAUACACAGUCAGACGUUCUCUGUCACAGAGCAAACAUAGAGAAACAAGCACAGGCAGGCAGGAACUUUUCCGAAGUGAAUUACAUUUUACUCAGUUUCCAGGCCUGGUUGUAACACUAUUUGAAUUAGAUUGACAGAAAAGCGGUGUACAACAGCGGUCUGUAAAAGUAGGUUCACCGUUAUUGGGUUGAAAUAGAAAAGUGUUAUCACAAGUCCUGCAUACCAUGACUUAAAUCAAAUAAAAAGGCUGACUUUGCAGUCUAGCCUACCAUGACACUGUAGGGGGGGCAGUGAUCAAACACACAAUACUCCCCUAAAAAGUGUCAAAUCAUUGUUAUCUUUUCCCUAAUGAUUAACACUAAGGUCUGUUAUUGUGUCAGUCCUCUCUCUUCUUUUUUGUUUUCCUUUCCCUUAGCCAAUUUGUCUUUUCUUCGGCUCAGUCUCUCCGUCACUCUUUGCUUUCCCCUGACUCCUGUCGUUGUUGACACUAAUGCUGUGCGUAUCCUGUCAGUCGUUGGUUAUUAUUUAUGACCUUGUCUUGUGUCCCGACUGUGAAAACGCCUGAUAAAAACAUCUAUAUCUGCCGAAACCA